AUGGCUGUACAAGCAGGAUUCCCAUCUGGACUGCCCGAGAUGCAUUCCAUCUUUCUCUCUUUUCCUAUUGCUGGGUUCCUCCUGGUUCCCUGCCUGGUGAUGAUCUUGAUGUUAUUGCAGCCCAGGGGGCCCAAGAUGGACGUCAAUGGGCCUUGGAUAGGGCAGUUGUUCUGCGGUUUUGAUACUAAAUUCGCCUUUUUGUCUGGCAAAAGUGCCCACAAAUUCCACUCCUUGCACAAGAACUAUGGCAAUGUCGUCAAAUUCGCCCCCGGCCAAGCAACCACCAACACCAUCAAAGCCCUGCGUAACAUCUACGGCUCGGGCGUGGGAAAGGGUAACACAUUCCUCAAGAGCAACUUCUACAAGGGCAUCUCGCGCCGCAACAUCUUCACUGCAUCCGAUCCGUCCUACCAUGCCACCGUCCGCAAGUUGUUCAGCCCCUCGCUGAGUCCCGGCUGCAUGAUGGCCCAUGAGAGCGUCAUGAAGAACUGCAUUGGUCGGUUACACAAUGUGCUGCGCGAGAAGAUGCAGCACGACAACACGUUGGACCUGAAUGAUCUGCUCUACUGCCACGCGGUCGACACCGUCUCGGAGGUGCUGGUGGGCAAGCCCUUGGAUUGCCUCAAGAGAGGCCGGCCUCUUUUCUGGACGGAGCAGCUGCCUCGUAUCUUCUACUGGGCGACCAUCCGUGAUCAGUUCCAGGGCUCGGGUGUGCCCACGAUGAUCAAGUGGUUGUUGCGUCGUGUUGUGCUGAAGGGUGUUCGUGCGCGCAAUGAGAGUGCCCGUAUGCAGCUGAUUAACGAGCAAAUGCACGCCCCCCACUCCCGUCGCGACAUCAUGGUCGAAGUCCUCGAGCGCGCUGCUGGCAGCACUCUCCCUGAAGCCGAAAUCGCAGAGAACUUCUCUGCCAUCAUGCUGGCUGGCUUCCACACGACUGCCAACACCCUCUGCGCCGUCAUCUACUUUGUCCUGACGCAUCCUGAAGCGCACUCUAAACUGGUCGCGGAGUUGCAGGCGCACUUUUCGUCUGUCGAUGACAUGACGAUCGAAGUCGCCCAGAAGCUGCCCUACUUGAACGCUGUCAUUACUGAAUCGCUGCGUCUCUAUCCGCCAGUUCCUCUGGGUGGCCCGCGUGUCUCGCCUGGUGCUUAUGUUGAUGGCACUUAUGUUCCUGCUGGUGUGGAAAUCUGCACUUCUCUCUUCGCCCUCCACCACAACCCCGAAUACUUCAACGAUCCCUUCACUUUCCACCCCGAGCGCUGGACAGAGCCUGGCUGCACCGACAAGAAAGAAGCCGUGCAGCCUUUCCUCGUGGGCAGUCGAUCCUGCAUUGCCAAGCAUUUCGCUCAACACAUGCUCUACUUGACACUGGCAGCCUUCUUUAUCGAAUUUGACGGCGACUACAUUGGCCGAAUCAAGGACUGGCAGAAAGACAGCAAAUGCUAUGCUUUCUGGGAAGUGCCAGACCUAAAGGUGCAGAUGCGCACUCGAAGAUUUCCUUAA